AAUUAUAUCCAGCUCCCCCUGCGCCACGGCCCGGAUCGGUCAUCGCCCUACCCGCACAGUCCAGCCGUAACCCACAGUGGAAUUACCCCCCUCCACACCCACCUAUCACAGCCCCCAACCCCCUCAUCGUCCCGCAAAGUCCAGAUGAAGGAUCCGGGCCACCCCUACUAUCCCGAUCUUCUGAUUCGCCAAGACCCGUCAUUUAUGCACCCGAGGCUUCAGCCUCGCAGAUCAGAAUCCUUCAUAAAAUCCCCAUUGGGAGAGCUGAGGGGUGGGAAAAUUAACCCCGGGUGGUGGCUGGAAAUAGCUCGUGUUCGGGGUUCGGUGACACAGGGUGGACGGUAUGGCUGGACCGACGUCGUGAGCCUUUUUUAUCCCCAUCGCGCCCUCACCCUCAACCUCCUCGCCGUCGCUCGCUCACCCAUCAAUCCACCCACCCCGCGAUCCCACCGCACGCAGCGACCUCACAAUGCACUGCCGCCACCUCCCCGCCCUCAUCCCGCGCCUCCUCCUCCUCCUCCUCUCCGCCGCCGGCCCCUCAACAGCAGCAGACGACCAAAAAUGCUACGGCGUAAACGGCUCUCUCCAAAGCUCGGACAUCAAACCAUGCCAAGCGGAUCUGCCAGCGGGUAGCCACGUCGCAUGCUGCAACCUCACCAAGGAUCCGCCGGAUAUAUGUAUUGGGGGGGGGUUGUGCUAUAGUCAGGAUGGGAAUACGAUUGCGCAGCUUUUGGUGGCGUAUGGGUGUACGGAUCCGACGGGGAAGGAUGUUGCUUGUCAGACUUAUUGUAAAAAUACCGGCGCACUCACAUACAACCUCCACUCCUGCGAAGACGCGAACUGGUGCUGCAGCCCCGACGGCGACAAAUGCUGUUCCCUCCCCCAUAUCACCCUAAACCCACGCGACGUCCUCCCGAUCGCCAAGGCAAUCACACGUACCGUCCUAGGCGGCGGGGCGACGACGACUCUGACGGGCAGUGCGGUGGUAGUAACAGAGACGGAAACCAAAACAGUUAAGCUAGACGCCGCGGGCCAGACAACAGCCGUGAGCGAGACCAAGAGCGGAACGACGGCAGAGGAGUGUCCGAAGGAUAAUACGGCUGUGGUGGGGGCGUCGGUGGGAGCGGUGCUGGGCGCGGCUUUGGUGGCGAGUUUGAUUGCUUUGGGGAUGGUGUUGCGGAGGCAGAGGAGGCCGGGGGGUGUGGGGGUGGUGGGGGGGGAUGGGAAGGGGAAGUUUUAUCCGGCGGGGACGGUGCCGGCGGAGAUGGAUAGUAGGUAUGUGGUUGAGUUGGAUUCGAGGGCGAAGCACGAGUUGGCGGGACAGCAUUAG